AGACCUGCAAUUACUUCAGCGUGUUACUGAUAAGGAGUUAAUUUUUAAACAAGGUUACAGUUUAUUAUUAACAUGACUGAAAGAGCUGUUAUCUAAACCAAGAGGAAAAUCUGUGAUUGUCUUAUGAGAGACUCCUCUGCCACAGACAAAAAGUUUAUUUUUUUUUAAAUAGACUUUCUGUUUUUCAGAGAUUUCAUUGAUUGAGGGGGGAAAAACAUAUUUCUUUACAUCUGAUAACUUUGUUAAAUGUCACUUAUUUCUUGUGCAGAGAAUUCGAGGAACUAUCUAAAAACAUUUAGUCUCCUUGCCGCCCUAUUGUGAAAAGAUUUAAAAAAAAAUGUUUUUAUAUUUCUUCAUUGAAAUUUGAAGAUUUGGACAUUUUAGUCUCUUUUCUUGAUUUAUUAAAGCACAGAUUUUAAGAUAACCCGACGAGAAGAGACAGUAUUCUCAGAAAAAAACAGCCAAACCAGACAUGAAACCCAGCCGGGUAUUGUCAAGAUCUGUUUGUCUUUAUCAUGUUAUUUUGCAGAACUGCCUUUAGUCAGACAUUACAGUUGAAAUGGAAAGCGAUGAUACUUUGAUGCAUAAGUGUUAGAGAGUUGGUUAGGCGCGUAAGCACAACACCGCAGCAAGUGUGGUGCGGAAGAGACAGGAAGGCAGGAAGACAACCAGGUAAGGAAAUAAUGACACAGACGAUGGGUAGAGUUAGCGAGAAGACCGUAGCUCACCUAGAGGAAGCUUGACAAAACAAUAGAAGCAGAACAAAGGGAGAGCCUCAUUAAAGGAUGGGGAUUGUGCAAUACUACUUAGCUGUACUGUUAUCUGCACAGUGUGUGCUCAACUCUCCCACGGGGCAAGAGAGGACCUAUAUGGAGGGAAACAUAAAGUGUUUUGAAUGCCCUGCAGGCACGUUUCAGAAGUCUUGUACGCAGUGCAAUCCCUGUCCUCCAGGAAAGUACACUGACGAUUGGAAUCGUGAGACUUCCUGCUAUAACUGUUUCAAAGACUGUAAUCCAAAGUAUCAUCUCCAAGUGGUUCAGAACUGCACAAGUACAAGUCCCUUGAAAUGUGUCUGUGAGCCUGGUUUCAUAUGCACAGAGCCGGCUCAGAAAGGGAACUGCAAGCACUGUGAAAAACUAAUGGAUACAACAGCCUCAGCAGCGGUGACUGUGAACAAAGACAAACAGACUUCCUCAGCUCAAACUAAACCUUGUAGCUCCCCACGGUGUGGCCCUGCUGCUGUCCGGACCACUCCCAAUCCCAAACCGGCACACACGAGCCCUGACAUGGCAGCCAUUUUGGUCCCGGUGGUCUUCAUUGGAUGCUUGGCCCUCAUGGUCCUCUUCUGCAUCUAUCAGCCCCGAGAUGAAACGUGUUUCAGACAAAUUAUUGCAAAGCUGUGCAAUGAGAAAGGGCCAAAUGGAAAGGCAAAGGAGUCGACACAUCAGUUCCCCAGAGACUCAUUCAGUGCAAAGCAGCAGACGUCGCCACUUUCAGCUGCUAAUCUAGUCCACGUCCACAAUCCAGGCACAGUCAUUUUCAGCUUGCUCAGCCACGUCACCGGUCAAGUUGGGCAGACGGUUCCGGGCGGAAAGAGAUCUGAGAGGGAGAGCAAUGGAGAAGAAGACGAGAGAGACUGUCCUGUGUAUCAUCCCACACCUUCUCCAAGUAUUCACCUCUCUGAAGAAGAGAGGACCGGUGAGACAGAGGACGUUUUCUUCCCCUCCCAGGAGCAGGGGAAAGAUUAUCACGUAUCGAAGGAAGAGGAGCUGUGAUGUAUCAAAACCAUCCAAGAUUUAUUCUGGAGGACAUGUUGGACUCUUAAAGAGAAGAAUCAUAAAACCUUAAAAACACGAUUAAAGCUAAGACAAGAAAAUGAUGUGAAAUUAUCACAGUUGUCAUUGUUUUGCUGCUGGAUAAGGAAACUCACAUCAAGCCUGAUAGUCACCUUGUAAAUAUUAUAUAUACACCGUCAGCUAAAAUACUGCACCUCACUUGAGCCAUUUAAAGUGGACUUUUUUUAUUUUGAAUAAACAAAAUUUUCAAA